AUGGAGUCGUCGAUGCGCCAGCUCGCUCACACGUUUCACUCGUGGUUCCCUCCGCGCGACAAAGUCGCCGAAGGUUGGCCGCUGACCGGCAGUCCACUGUCCAUCGCGCUCAUCACCGCCACCUACGUCUACUUCGUCACCGUCGCGGGACCGAGAUGGAUGUCCGGUCGCAAGGCGUUCGAUCUGAGACGCUGCAUCCUCCUGUACAACCUGUUCACCACGUUCUUCAGCGCCUACUUCAUGUGCCGCUUCUUGAAGCUCGGCUACUGGGACCUCGGCUACACCUUCCUUCAGGACAUGGACCGCAGCGACAGCCCGGCCAGCCUCGAGAUCAAGCGCCUCUCGUGGUGGCUGUACCUGUUCAAGCUGUCCGAGCUCUCGGACACCGUGUUCUUCGUGCUGCGCAAGAACAGUCGUCAGAUCAGCACGCUCCACGUCGUGCACCACGUGAUCGUGUCGUGGAACAUGUGGCUCAACGUGACCUACGGGGCGCAGGCGCAGGCCAUGUUCAUCGCGUGCCUCAACUCAUUCGUGCACGUGUUCAUGUACGCCUACUACUUCCUGGCUGCUCUCGGUCCGGCCUUCAGGAAGUACCUGUGGUGGAAGAAGUACCUGACCAUGGUGCAGAUCACUCAGUUCGUCAUACUCUUCGUGCACGCCAUCGGCAUGGUGUUAGCGGAGGGCAACUACGUCGUGUCUUUCGUGUGGGUAGAGUUCGCGGAGGCGGUGUUAUUCUUCGUGUGGUUUAUGGCAUUUUACUCGAACGCUUACAAAAAGAGCGUCUAG